UUCAGCAGAUCUAUCGAGCUUUCACUGCAGCAGCUCUUAUUUUGUAAAUGUGUUUAAAUUAUGCAUAUUUUCAUAAUGACUUGCUGUCCUUCAGCAGGGAAGUGAAUCUAGCUGACUUCUUGUUUUAUGUGAUGGGCUGUUCACACUUUUAUAUGUUCACAGACUGUAGAGCUAAUCAUAAACUCAUAAACUCACGGUCAUUUUUUUUCAUACGACAGCCCUGAUUUAAAGAUGAAAUUAACCAAGGCAAAACUAAAUGGGCUGCUCAUAUUGACUCUAGCAUUUCACAUCUCAUCUUCAGAAGCUUCUCAUGAUGAUGAAGUGAGGGUCCUGAUAGUGGGAAUCAGAGGUCAGUCCAGAUUCAGCGCUGCAGAUCUUCUGUCAGGAAGGAAAGACGGUGGACGGGAGGACAGAGAGAUUGUAAAGACAGACGAGGGUCAUAGAAUGAAGCUGGUCACUGGACCAAACCUCUGUGAGGAGGACACUGUGGGACAGACCAUCACAACAGCGCUGUUUCUCUCGUCUCCUGGACCUCACUCUGUUUUAAUGGUCCUGAAUCUGGAAGAUCAACAAUCACAACAGUGUGAUAUUGUCAAACGAGCCCAGGAGCUGCUGGGAACAGAAGUCCUGCAGUACUGCAUUGUUCUUCUGCUCCAAAAUAAUGAGGAACAUGACAUCACAGUAGCAUCCAGAGAAAUGAUCAAUGCGUGUGAAGGAAGAUUUUACAUCAUAAGAGACUAUGAACGUAAACCUGCUCAAACUGCAGCUCUCAUAGCAGAAAUAGACAAGAUAGUUUCGCUUAAUGGUGACAGAUUUUACUCAGUGUUGAAGGAAACUCAACAGUUAGAAGCUAAAAAUAACCUCUUAUCUGUAAUAUAUAUUAGUUUAAGGGAAACAGUCGGAAUUGCGGGAUGGAUUUCACUUUCUGUUCUUGUUAUUUACAGUGAACUGAGCCACACAUAUUUAAACUCUGAGGUAAAAUUUGCUGCACUUGUAUUGUUUAUGAUCAAUUUAAGAAAUGUUCUUCAACCAGUUAUUUCCAUACCUCUAAAUUUAGCCUUGGUAUCAUCACUAGCAACCAUACUUCAAAAAGAACCCAGAGAAAUCAAAGAAACGUUUACCUGGAGUCAAGACACUAGGUACAUCAUAGGGGAUAUUAUAGUAUUUUUUGUCAUGGUGCUAGUACACGAUUUCAUAAAAAUGAUGCAUCUACCAUUUAUGCACGGUGCAGCUUUGGUCUUAGGGACAAUCGUCAGCAUCAGGACGUGGUCAGAUGUGCUCAUAGCAUUUUUUGCAGCUUCUGGAGUCACAAUCGGGGCUUUUGCUUUCAUGUUUUACGAAGAAAAUAUUAGUCGUGAAUCUUCUGCACUUGAGGCAUUUCUGUGUUGUUCUGUUGGAGCGACACUCUCACUGUGGUUUGUGAAUGUGUUAUUUACUCAGCUUGGUGUAAAGAUGACAAUAAAUCUACUAAUAUUAGGAUUUACAAUGGCAUGUUUGUGUUUAAAGAAUGAAACACUACAUAAUGUAAUAUGCUUGAUUUUUAUUACAGUGGUUUUUCCAUGUCUUUGUGUGUUCAUUGGUUCAGUCUUUCCCAUUUUAGGGUUAGUGAUGAGUUUCUAAGGUAAUUAUAGAAAACUUGCUCAGUUCUUACCUGCUUUAUGUAGCGUUACUGUUUGGUUUAUUAAAAGUAAUUUGUCAAAGGCAGACUGCUUCAGAUUAAGUCACAAAAAGCAACUAAAAUUACAAUUAACUCAGUAUGUAUAUAUUGUGGUUAUAAUUGUUGCUAAGACCUUCUAUCUCUGAAUGAAAAUGUGUUAAAUGUCCACUUAGCUUCUUUGCAGGUCUGCAGACAAACCAGUGCUGUUUUCAGAUCAUGCUGUUGUUGUGAUUUAACUUCAUCUGGAGAUUUCACUGUAAAU